UCUUUCUAUAUAUUUAUUCUUGAAUACUCGAGAAAUGGUUUCUAGUAGAAGAAAUACGACUGCUUCAUUGUUUCUUUGGACUGGCCUUUUACUUUUUGCAGGCCUUUCCCUUGAACCUCUUCUUCGCAUGCCUGCUUCUCUUUUUCUAUACCACCCAAUUCUUAUGGUGGGUACAAUGAUAUUUAUUACCGAGGGUAUUGCAUUACUUCAAGCCCCGACACUUCCUGCCUCUGCUCACAAACAACGAAAGACAUGGCACGGUUAUUUCCAAGCAAUUGGAUUGAUUGUCAUUGAAGCUGGAUUUACGGCAAUAUAUGUCACAAAGGAUCGCAAUAACAAACCUCAUUUCUCUACUAUACAUGGUCAGUUGGGUGUGAUGUGUGUAAUGUGGUUUACUGCGCAGGCUAUCUUUGGAUCGAUCUUGGCUUAUUUUCCUCGGCUGGUCGGGAACAUUAGCCAAAAGAAACAGUAUUGGAACUGGCACCGUCAGGGCGGCUAUGUAUUGCUGGGAUUGAUGUGGAUUACUUCCCAGACAGGUGUUAGAUCAACUUCCAUGCUGGCUCUUCAAAGAGAUCCAAUUCUUAUCAAUUUUCAUUGGUUGGCUCUUGGUCUUGUUUCUCUUGGUCUUUUACUACCCAGCACUUUGUAAGCUAACCGACUGGUGGUAAAUAAAUGAAAUCUGUGUGUCUGGGUUCCUGUUC